UUGACCCAGCCGUUUGGAUGCGAAGAAGUGACAAAUAUAAACAUACAAACUUUCACCUUUCAAGAUUAGCGAGAUAAGGAAGUUCGUUUUUCCAUCGGUAUUAAAUCUACAAAGGCUUAGGACAACCAUUUACGCUUCAUUACACUUCAUUGCUCUUACACAUACAACAUUUUGUUGUAUGUGUAGUGACGAUAACGACACUACAAGUGCAUCAAGUGGAGCAGCCGAUAGAGUGUUCGUAGAUUUAAUUGCUAUCCACGACGUGGUCCUUCCACUUCACGUGAAUCACAAUGGACACUAUGGAGAGGGAUUAAUAUGCAAAGAACAUUUUAGAUUUGAGCAGUAUAUUAUUUUAUAAUUAAGAUAUAAAAUUAACCGUUUUAUCAGUCUAAUAGAUAACAGAAAAUUGAAAAAAAUAGUAAACCCACAUUGACAAAGCCUUGUUAUAGCAAGAAUAUAUCACAUAACAAAUUCAUAUUCACGGGAGCCAUGGACUUCAUGUUAAACGGAAAAUAAUUACAAGGGGAUUUUUUUACAAUUUGUAAAUAUCCUGUUAUCUGUAAGGGACUGAUAACAGCGAGCUCAUGAUAGUGCCGUGCCACAAAUCGUCCGCUGUGAAACAUUUUCCGUGAUGCUUCAUCGUGUAUUUGAGAAAAUAAUCUUGGUAAAAUGUGGUAUUGUGUACGGAUAUAAAUAGAAAACUGUCCGCCCAUCUUUAAUAUGGGUUGUUGUGGAGACUGUUGCAUACCACCAAAAGAAUCUCGGGAACCGAUCCGCUAUGACCCGGAUUUCAAUGGACCCAUCCACAACCGAUCAUGCACGGAUGUCUUGUGGCUUAUUUUGUUUAUCUUAUAUUUAGGAGUUUGGGGUUUCAUUGGAUAUUAUGCUAUGACCCAUGGAAACAUGCAGAAACUGCUUGCGCCGAUUGACUCCAAUGGGAACCGAUGCGGACUAAACUCAUGGUUGCAAGACAAGAAGUACCUGGUGUUCUUUGAUAUCACGCGUUGUCUCCAACCAGACACGCCCAUCACAGGCUGUCCCACACCACAGGUCUGCGUGAAUCAAUGUCCGGACAGAACCAUAAAUUUUGAGAAAGAAUUAACAGCAGCAAACUUUAAUGAAUUGAAGAGCCGCAUGGUCUGUAAAUAUGAUGUGGACAUAAGUACUUAUGAAAAAGCAAUGCAAAGCAUAAGUGAAGAAAAAUGCGCCAAGAGCGUUCUGAAAAGUGAAGCAGUGCUAUUUCGCUGCAUCGGCGAUCUAUCUACCAUGCCACGUUGUGCCGAGGCGGCCACGGCCAGCUCUCGAUGGACAGGCAGUGGGUCAGGCGGGGCGUGCCUUCGGAACCCGGAGAAGGCGCAGGAGUCCCUGCUGACCAGGGCCACAGCCCUCGACACCUACGUGGGCUGGAUCACAGCCAGCUGGGUCACCUACUUUAAGGGGACCGAGCGUGAUACCCACAUUUUAUCCGCUCAAAUCGCUCAAGACAUGGUGCAAGCACGCUGGUACAUCGUGGGAGCGGUGCUGAUUGUAAUACUCAUCUGUUUCGUGUACAUCCUCGUGCUGCGAUGGGUGGUCGGGCCAGUUGUAUGGACCUCUAUCGUCGCUUUCCUCAUACUACUUGGAUUCUCUUGCUAUUUAUGCUACAAAGAGUACAAGUAUUAUCUGGCGAACCCUGUACAGCAGAUCGCUACGUCCAACAUCAAAGGCUAUGCAGAGUCUAUAGUAAAGACGCACACGUUUUGGUUGGUCGUCCUCAUUAUUGCAGCGAUUGUAUUGCUCAUACUGACGCUUAUUGUCAUCUUUCUGAGAAACCGCAUUGUUAUUGCCAUAGCUUUGAUACGUGAGGGCAGCAAAGCUGUGUCGGCAAUCAAGUCAACCGUAUUUUUCCCAAUACUGCCAUGGGUCAUGCAGUGCCUUACGAUAGCAUACGGAGUCUUCGUUCUCAUGUACAUCAUAUCCAUGGGAGAGAGUCUCUUCAGUGUCGUCAAUAAGAAAAUCGACCCCGACUGCGUGUGCAAUGGAAAUUAUACGGAUUACGCCAGCUGUGACCCAAUACAAUUCCAGUUGGACUGCCAUGAUUCCGGUACCAUCUUGCCUUGCAAGAAAGCUAUUUGCUACUUCACUGGACUCGAUUCACCUCAUAGUGUCGUCUAUUUACAUCUGGGCAAUCUUCUCGGGUUCUUUUGGACAAUGUUCUUCAUAAGCGGGUGUUCAGACAUGAUGUUGGCAAGCACCUUCGCUACCUGGUACUGGACUUUCAGGAAAAGGAAUCUCCCCUUCUUCACCCUCACUGCCGGAGUUGCGAGAACAGUGCGCUACCACAUGGGUACUGUUGCCCUGGGAUCCCUCAUCAUCGCUAUCGUUCGGAUAAUACGAGUGAUACUAGAGUACAUAGACCAGAAGUUGAAGAAGUUUGACAAUGCCUUCACUAGAGCCGUGUUGUGCUGUUGCAAAUGUUUCUUCUGGUGCUUGGAAAACUUCCUCAAGUUCAUCAACAAGAACGCAUACAUCAUGUGCGCCGUUCACGGAACUAACUUCUGUGCCAGUGCGCGGGACGCUUUCUCCUUGCUUAUGAGAAAUAUCGUCAGAGUUGUUGUACUGGACAAGGUUGCGGACUUCAUCUUCUUCUUGUCUAAACUACUGCUAUCCAUCGGAGUAGGCUUUGCAGUAUACUACUUCUUAGAUGGAGAAGUAGUCUCGAAGAUUACUGGGGGCAAGCAUUCACUGUACCUCCACAACAACUACAUUCCAGCCGUCUUUCUCGGGAUCAUCACGUAUAUCAUCGGCUCUAUAUUCUUCCAAGUUUACUCUAUGGCUGUGGACACGCUGUUCCUUUGUUUCCUUGAAGAUUGUGAACGUAACGAUGGAUCUCCAGAGAAACCAUACUUCAUGUCUAAAAAUCUUAUGAAAAUUUUAGGAAAGAGAAAUAAGAAGUAUGAGGAUUAAGUGCCAAAUAUUUGUUCACAAUGGUUGUGACACUAAGCAUGUAGUUGAUUGAAUGAUUGUGAUGUGUGAUUAUAAAUACGGAACCCUAUAAAAUCCCAAGACGAAAGUAUAUCAAAGUAGUCGAAUCAGUAUGUAACAUAUGUAUUCAAUAGAACUGCAUUUUAAUGAUAAUACGAUGGAAACUGGAAAUUAAAAGAUGUUCUUGAUUUCAAGCAUCACAUUGGUCAUUCAUGUGUAAAAAAUAUCAUUUUCUACAUACAACUAUUUAUAUUGAAAAUUUAUAUGAAUAUUCAGUAUUUUUUAUUAUUAUGUUAUUUAGAAAUAUUGAAACGAAUUGCCAAAUAUUAGACCUAUAUGAUUUGUAAGCAGGUUUAUAAAAAAUCUUAUGAUUUGUUAAUAAUUAAGAUUUUUAUAAUAAUGUUUUUGGCAUUUUAACAAUUAUUAAAAAUCAAAUCAAGGUAAAUAAAUAUAUCAAACAAUAAUUUUGAUACGAAACUCACGAUUUUGAUUGUGAUAAGUCUACUAGAUUUAGUUAUUAUUAAAUAACUACUUUCUUAUUA